AUGGCCUGUGGACGCGUUCUUUUAUUCCUGGCCGUGGGCUUUGUAGGCCUAGCCUACAUCUUGUAUACGCCUUUCCCUGAGGAUGCCGUAGAACCACAUAUACAAAUGGCUGUAUCUCUUAUUGUUGGUGCAAUCUUUAAAUUUUGCGAAUUCCAGGAGUGCGUUGGGUACAGAUCGUUCACAAAUUGUGCCAGGGAUCCUUUCUACAUAGACGCUUUGAUGUACAAAGGAGCUGUAUCGGAUGACAAUGUUCAGGUGAGCGAAGAGUUGUUCGAUGGCGUGAAAGUGAGGCUGUACGUACCUCGUCAACAGACAGGUAAACGUCCACUUCCAGGAAUUAUAUACCUUCAUGGAGGUGGCUGGAGUUUAGGAUCGCCAGAGAUGUAUGACCCAUUGACCAGGAAGUUAGCGACAUCCCUCACCGCUGUCGUCGCCUCGGUGGAUUACCGAAUGGCUCCGGAAUAUCCAUUCCCUGUGCCUUUUGAAGACUGUGUGAUGGCAGCAAAGUAUUUCAUGAACAACGCUGAAAAGUUUGGAGUGGAUGCCCGUCGGAUUGCUUUGUCAGGGGAUAGUGCAGGAGGAAAUUUAGCGAUGGCUGUUGGGACUAAGCUGACCAGUGAAGGACAAGCCCCUCGACUUCUAGCACUUCUAUACCCAGCGUUGCAGAUGGUGGACUUCAACACCCCAGCUUAUAAUACUUACCAGGCAAUGCCGUUUCUGUUAAAGAAAAACAGAAUGGUCAGAUUUUACCUUACGUAUGCAUUUGGCAAUGAAAAAGACAUUGAUAAAUAUUUGGAAAAUAGGCAUGUGUCUGAAUCACUUAGAAAUACCAUCAAUACGAAGGUUAGUAGGGACUUACUGCCUGAAAAAUAUCAGGACCUUCAUGUGAAAGAACACGUAUCUAUUGAUACUAAUUUGGCACAAAAAGUGGAAAAAAUAAUUACCAACAAGUAUUUGUGCCCUCUUAUGCUUGAUGACGAUGAACUGUACGAAUUACCGAAAGCUUAUUUGAUGACUUGUGAGUAUGACCCAUUACGAGACGAUGGCCUCAUGUUGGCCAAACGUUGGAAGGAUAUGUACUUUCCUGUGACACAUGUACACUGGAAUGGUGUACAACACGGAUUUAUAAAUGCAGACGGUUCCAGACGUACAGCUGAAGCAGUAAACGACUGCAUCAAAUACCUCAAGAGUGAAUUGUAA